UUCGUGUCUCUCCUGUCUGAGGGCCAGAGUAGGCCUCCAGCCUGGGGCCCCGGGCUACUACCGGGAGUACAGCCCGUGUAGGAGAUCAUUGGGGAGCCCUGGGGACUUCCUGAAGUGGUGUCGCCUGAGCUGGGCCUCGCAGGAUGGGGGAUGGGCAGCAUCUCAGGAAGAGGGACAGUCUGUGUGAAGGUUGGGAGGUCCGGGAAGUCCCAAGGCAGGGGCAGAGUGGGGGAUCUCCCAAGGCGAGGUUCGUGUGGAAAGGUCCCUGUGCCGUCUGCUUCAUGCUGGGGCCUGAGGCCCCAGGAAGGUAGUGAUCAGGUAGGCGGUGGCGCUGGGCAGGACCUUAGAUGAGGCCGGAGGCCAGCCUGACCUGCACAAUCCUGCCUGGCUUCUCGGCCUGUGGGAGAGGCACCCGCACAGUAAGUGUUCGGAAAAGGGGCCUGGGUCGGGUUUGGAUUCCAGGGCGAGCUUCCUGGAGGAAUAGAACGAGCUGUGAUUGGCAAACCCAGGAGAAGCGGCAGCGAGGGUCCCCCACGAUGGCUUCUGAGAGGUGGUGAUGGUGGGGGCUCCCGCAGACCUUGGCCAGGGACGCGUGGAGCUGGCCCGGGGGGUAGGGACCAUCAGGCUCAUACGGAAAAGUGGCAGGGGAAGUUGAGGAUCAUGCAGCUCCUGAAAUGGCGAGGCAGGAACACUUAGGAGAUGGAACGCGCUCGGCCGCAACUAGGACAACCACGGGCGGAGGCUUGGGGGCGGUGGCCGCGCGGGAAGCUGUCCCAGCUCCCUCCGCUACGCCCGGGCGUAGUUGUUGCCCAAACAGCACGCUGCCGGGGGUCGCCAUGAUUGGCUGCGGGCCGAUGGUCCGCACGCGGAUUGGCUACUCUGGGCCGGGGGGCCGGGUCCGAGGGACAGAGUCCGGCCCCCAACCUUCAAAUGGGAAGCCCCUCCAGAGGCGCUGGCAGACUUGAGGUUGUCCUGCGGCCCGCCGGGCUAGCGGGCUGAGGGCGGAGAGCGGGCGCAAAGGCACCAGGGUCCGUGCAGGGCGCCGACCCACUUGGCCGAGGCACCGCCGCCCCCACGCCCCCACCCCGAGGUCCCGGGGCCUUCGGGUGCGCGUUUCAGCUCUAGCCAUGGGAUCGGCGGCGCUAGAGAUCCUCGGCCUGGUAUUGUGCCUGGUGGGCUGGGUGGGCCUUAUCCUGGCUUGCGGGCUGCCUAUGUGGCAGGUGACCGCCUUCCUGGACCAUAACAUCGUGACGGCGCAGACCACCUGGAAGGGGCUGUGGAUGUCGUGUGUGGUGCAGAGCACCGGGCACAUGCAAUGCAAGGUGUACGACUCGGUGCUGGCGCUGAGCACCGAGGUGCAGGCGGCGCGGGCGCUCACCGUGGGCGCCGUACUGCUGGCCCUCGUCGCACUCUUCGUAACCCUGGCGGGCGCGCAGUGCACCACCUGCGUAGCCCCGGGUCCUGGUAAGGCGCGUGUGGCCCUCACGGGUGGCGCACUCUACGCACUCUGCGGACUGCUGGCGCUUGUGCCGCUCUGCUGGUUCGCCAACAUCGUGGUUCGCGAGUUCUACGACCCGACCGUGCCCAUGUCGCAGAAGUACGAGCUGGGCGCGGCGUUGUACAUCGGUUGGGCGGCCUCGGCUCUGCUCAUGUGCGGCGGCGGCCUUGUGUGUUGCGGCGCCUGGGUCUGCGCGGGGCGCCCUGACCUCAGUUUCCCGGUCAAAUACUCGGCGCCUCGGCGGCCCGCAGCCGGCGGCGACUACGACAAGAAGAACUACGUCUGAGGGCGCUGGGCACGGCGUGGCCCCUCGCGCCAGCUGCGCCCGCGAGCUGGAUUGGCCAGAGAGCCCCGCAUGGAUGGAGACCUCCGUUGGGCCGCAACGCGCACAGGCUUCGCGGAAUGCCCAGCCCUGCGCCGGGAUGCGCGCCACCGACGGGACCCUGCCUCGCCCCGCAGCGGGUCCGCUCCGACUGUCACUCGCCCAGCUCUGCCCUGAACAGGCUACUAGCACUUGGGAGGACUUGUUCAGUUUCUAUUUCUGUGCGCAGUGCUGGCUCCAACGUGGGAGGGGCGCGGGUUCCUUGGCUGUGUGGGCACUGGACUAAAGAUUCCACUUCUCUCCCCGUCCCUUGGGGUCUUGGAUGCUGCCGCACUUUUUCCAGCUGCUCCUGCUAUUUCAGAGGGGCAGGCGGAGGAAACAGGGCCCGCAACCUGAGCUGCCCGAAGGAUGUGUGCAGCUGGCCUUUACCCCAUCAGCGGGGCCUGAACCCAGGGUAACCGAGGCUUGGCCUAGACCUACCUCCCUCACUCCAGCAGUUACCUAGGCGAGGCUUAUGGGCAUCAGAUCCUGAGUGUGGGGCUGGGGCCCUGCCCUCCUUCGCAGCUUGGGGAAGGGUAAGAAUUUGCUUAGUAAAUGGUUUGAAUACCCUCCCA